AGUAAAAAAAAAAGAAAAAAAAAAAGAAAACCAAAUGUUAUGUGGCUUGAAAUGUCGUGCUUCCCUUCAAAUGGCUAUAUGCCAUCUUCUCCAAAUAAAGACCAACCGUUCCUUCUUCCCUUAGCCUCCUCCUCUCUAUAAGCCCAAUGCAUCGGCUAAGCCUUUCACUCUGUUGAAUUGGUUUCCUUAUCCUUCCCCUCCGUCAAUAAUCGAGCUCAGUUCCGCCAUUGUUAUAUAACUAAGAAGCUCCAACCUUAAGCUCCAUAUCCAGUGUAAAAAUGGAAGGCGCUCUCUUCCCUAACAGAUGCCCACUUCCAGUGAGUAGACCCAUUCAACCAAAUCAAACAUUGAAGUUCAAUUCAACGACUUUUCCUCCUCCUCCUCCUCCAUCGCCGCCCUCUUCCUCAUUUCCGAUCGAUACCCUUCUUCAGCAUCUUCUUCAAUUGUCUCUGUCUCCCAAUGACACUGCCCAUAAGCUCAAACCUGUAAAUGUUGCGCAAAAAAAUGUUGCCCAUUUUCCUUCUCUUCAAAUUUCAGUGGAUUCAACUAAGACACGGAGAGAAGGGGCUCAGUUGAAGAAACCCAUCUUGAAUUCAGCUCCGCAAUUUGAGAACAAUGUCGAGGAGAUUCGAGAUGGGCCUCUUCAAUUUCUCUCCAAAAAGAGUAUGAGCUUGCUUAAUUCCAUCGCUGAACAGCCUUUUGAUAGCUUGAAUGCUUUCUUUGAUUCUGUCAAGUUUGAGUUGCUUGAAGUUGAUUUGGUUAGUCUCCUGAAAGCGCUAGACGUUUCCGGUAGUAGCGAGAGAGCUAUUUUGUUGUUUGAAUGGGUUGUGUCGAACUCUGUCUCUGGAGAUGUGAAACUAGAUAGUAAAGCUGUUGAACUCAUGAUAAGGAUUCUUGGAAGAGAAUCAAAAUAUUCAAUUGCACUUAAACUGUUCGAUGAAAUUCCCAUUGACAAAUACUCGCUUGAUGUUCGUGCUUGCACCACCAUUCUUCAUGCUUAUUCUCGCAGUGGCAAGUAUAAGCAAGCCAUUGCCAUGUUUGAGAGAAUGAAGGACAAUGGCCUUUCUCCAAGUUUGGUUACUUACAAUGUCAUGCUUGAUGUCUAUGGGAAAAUGGGUCGUUCUUGGGAUAAAAUUUUAGGCUUGUUGGAUCAAAUGAAGAGUGAAGGUUUGCAAUUUGAUGAGUUCACUUGUAGUACUGUGAUAUCUGCGUGUGGAAGAGAGGGCUUAAUAAAUGAAGCUAAAGAAUUUUUUGUUGAGUUGAAGUCCAAUGGUUAUGAGCCAGGAACUGUCACUUACAAUGCUUUACUUCAAGUGUUUGGAAAAGCUGGGAUUUACUCAGAGGCCUUAAACAUCUUGAAAGAAAUGGAGGACAAUAAUUGCAUCCCAGACUCUGUUACUUACAAUGAGCUUGUAGCAGCUUACGUUCGGGCAGGAUUCUACGAGGAAGGAGCUGCUGUAAUUGACACAAUGACAUGCAAAGGUGUGAUGCCAAAUGCUGUGACUUAUACUACUGUCAUAAAUGCCUACGGUAGGGCAGGGAAGGAGGUGAAGGCAUUACAAUUAUUUAACCAAAUGAAGAAAUCAGGAUGUGUUCCUAAUGUGUGCACAUAUAAUUCCAUUCUUGCUCUGUUGGGAAAGAAGUCGCGGUCAGAGGAAAUGAUAAAGAUACUUAGUGAUAUGAGAAUAAAUGGUUGUCCUCCAAACAGAAUAACAUGGAACACUAUGCUUGCCAUGUGUGGGGAUAAGGGGAAGCACAAGUUUGUGAACCAUGUUUUUAGGGAGAUGAAAAAUUGUGGUUUUGAACCAGGUAGAGACACAUUUAACACUUUGAUUAGUGCAUAUGGCCGUUGUGGGUCAGAGCUUGAUGCAGCGAAGAUGUAUGAUGAGAUGAUUAAAGCUGGAUUUACACCGUGUGCUACAACUUAUAAUGCGCUUCUGAAUGCUUUGGCUCGGCGAGGGGAUUGGAAAGCAGCAGAAUCUGUCUUACUGGAUAUGAGAAACAAGGGAUUCAAACCUAAUGAAACCUCAUUCUCAUUGAUGCUCCAUUGCUAUGCAAAAGGGGGGAAUGUGAGAGGAUUAGAGAGGAUCGAGAAAGACAUUUAUGAUGGUCAGAUCUUCCCCAGUUGGGUUCUCUUGAGAACCCUCAUUCUUGCAAACUUCAAGUGCAGAGCAGUUAGAGGAAUGGAAAGGGCAUUUGAGGAGUUGUUGAAGAAUGGAUACAAGCCUGAUAUGGUUAUAUUCAACUCUAUGCUAUCAAUUUUUGCUAAAAAUAACAUGUAUGAAAGGGCCCACGAGAUGUUGCACUUGAUUCGUGAAGGUGGACUGCAGCCAGAUCUGGUCACCUACAAUAGCUUAAUGAAUAUGUAUGCCAGAAGAGGAGAAUGCUGGAAAGCAGAAGAGAUCCUCAGGGGACUUAUAAAAUCUGGUGAAAACCCCGAUCUUGUGUCAUAUAACACCAUAAUUAAAGGCUUCUGCAGACAAGGGCUCAUGCAAGAAGCAAUAAGAAUUAUGUCAGAGAUGACAGCUCGAGGGAUUCGUCCUUGUAUAUUCACUUACAACACUUUUGUCUCGGGGUAUGCAGGACGCAGAAUGUUCGCAGAGGUAGAUGAAGUCAUAAGCUACAUGAUUCAGAAUAAUUGCAAACCCAAUGAACUUACUUACAAGAUCAUAGUGGAUGGUUAUUGUAAAGCAAGAAAAUAUCAAGAGGCUAUGGAUUUUGUGUUUGGGAUAAAGAACAUCGACGAUUCAUUCGAUAACCAUUCCACGCAAAGACUUGCUUCCCAUGUAAGGGACUUGAUGAAUUCUUGAUCUCUCUAGGUAUUCCUGCUUGUAAUUUCUUUGUUCAUUUAUAGAGAUAUAUAAUAACCAUUACAAAACAUCAAGCACCUUAGCAGCUCAUCUGUAAUUCUUUUCUGGUUAGUCACUUGAUGUUUCUGGUAGGAAUAUAUGAGUGAUUAUGAAUUCAUCUUCAUCAAGUUUUGCAGCA